AUGGCGGCAGUUUUGUCAGGCUCACCGUGGGACAACACCACACCACUUAAUGGCGCAAAACUCUUGCGCUUCGCGUUGCAUCCGCGGUGGUGGUUCGCGCUUUUCUCGAAUCGAUGGUUCUGUCUCGCGGCAGCGUCAUGGGUGGAGGCUUGUUCAGGCGUCAGCUACAUGUUCGGCCUGUACUCACAGAGCUUCAAGGAAACGCUGGGUUACAACCAGCAGAUCCUCGACAUGGUUGGCAUGGCGAAGGAUAUUGGGGGAAACGUAGGGAUUGUGUCAGGAUUUGUCGGCGAUAUCGCACCCACGUGGGUCGUUUUGGCGAUCGGGGCCGUGUUGAACGCGAUUGGCUACGGCUUCUUGUGGCUCGUUCUGACGGGACGGCUGGGCGGCGCGUGGCAGCCGCCAGUGUGGGUGGUGAUGGUGUUCAUCUGCGUGGGCACCAACGGCGCCACCUUCUUCAACACAGCGGGCCUCGUUACUUGCGUCAAGAACUUUCCGCACAGCCGCGGCCCUGUAGUUGGCCUGCUCAAGGGCUUCAUCGGUUUGAGUGGCGCGCUGUUCACGCAGUUCUACCUCGCGCUCUACGCGCCCAACCGCGAUGCGUUCCUGCUCAUGGCGGCGUGGCUGCCGUCGCUCGUCGCCGUGCUCGCCACGCCCGCCAUUCACCAGCUGCCGCCCGCCAGCGAGCCCUCUGAGCGCGCCAACCUCAUGGCGGUGCUGGCAGCAGGCGUGGGCCUGGCGCUCUACCUGCUCGCCGCCAGCCUGCUGGACCACUCCGUGCACGUCACCUGGCACGUCAGCGCGCUCAUCUCGCUCGGCGCGCUUGCCAUCCUGGCGUGGCCCGCCCGCAUCGCUGUCAGCCAAGAGGUGGUCGCGGAGCAGCAGCGCGCCGUGCAUUCCGCCAGGCUGGCAGCAGGGGAGGCCGUGGAGGAGGGCAAUGGCAGUCAGGGAAUGCCGCAUGGAGAAGGGGGGAAUGUCAGAGCAGGAGGGCCAGAGGCAGCACACCUUGGCCGCAGUGGUACAGAGGUACGGCUGAGUGGCAAGGGAGCAGGGCAGGAAGGCACCGAUAGACGUGCAGUGGUGAGGCAGAGGGUGAUGGGUGAGCGGCACACACAGGAAGAAGAAGAAAGGCAGCCGUUGGUGGGCAGUGGCAGCAGUGGAGUGCGGACUGCUGCUGCACCACAUGCUGCUCCUCUCAAAGCCAGGGAGAGUGAGGCGUGGUCAGAGCAACAUGACCCCAGCAGCGAUCACUCAGGAGCUGCUACAGCCUUUCCGCAGGUGGGGGACGACCACACGUUGUGGCAGGCGGUGCAGACGCUGCCCUUCUGGCUCAUCUAUGCAGCCAUGACGCUCGCCUCAGGGUCGGGCCUCACAGCCAUCAACAACCUGGGGCAGGUGGGGCGGUCGAUGGGCUACGAGCAGCAGGCAGUGGGCAUCUUUGUAUCGCUCAUGAGCAUCUGGAACUUCCUCGGCCGCUUGGGAGCAGGGUACAUCUCAGAGCACUUCCUGCACGAGCGUGCUGUGCCGCGCCCCGCCUUCAUGGCCGGCACUCAGCUCGCCAUGGCAGCGGGCCACCUGCUCUUUGCGUCCGCGCUGCCUGGCUCGUUGUACGUGGGCUCUGCCAUUGUUGGGCUGGCGUAUGGGUCGCAGUGGGGCCUCAUGCCCGCAGUGGCGUCGGAGGUGUUUGGCCUGCGGCACUUCGGCACGCUGUACAACUGGCUCACCAUCACCAACCCCACCGGCUCCUACCUCCUCUCCGUCUGCAUCGCUGGCUACCUCUACGACUACGAGGCGGAGCACGAGGCUGCCUCCUCUCCGCCUUUCCCCAUCGGCCCUGCUCCUGCGCCUGCACCAGCGUCAGGAGGCCCGGCGUUGAUGUGCCAUGGAGCCCACUGCUUCAGAGUCACCUUCCUGGUCAUGGCUGCUGCCUGUGUGGUGGCCUCCUGCCUGUCCCUGGUGCUGGUGAACCUCACCCGUUCCCUGUACCUGGCUGAGUACACCCGGUGCCUCAGCAUGGAGGAGCCUGCUCCACCUGGAGUUGAUGAAGUCUCCUGCAGCUCCAGCAAACAGCCUGUUGAGAGGAUUAGUGAGGUGAAACCACUAGUCAGCCAGGACUGA